UGCACUAUUGUAAAGUGACUGUUCCACUGGAUGUCAUAAGGUGAAUGCACCAAUUUGUAAGUCGCUCUGGAUAAGAGCGUCUGCUAAAUGACUUAAAUGUAAAUCAUGUGAUUUUAACCAAUUAUGAUUAGGCAUUGCCUACUAAUUGGUUGAUGAUGUCAUAGAAAACACUUAUCUUCCUCUUUCUUUUUUACUACAAAACAUAGAAAUGCCCGUUUUUCACAUAUGCUGAUGUUGGGGUGGUGCUGGAGAUGAUGAAUAUGAAGUUGAAACAUUUAGAAAUUUCCCUUUAACAUUUCUUCAAACUGCCUUGUAUUUAUGAUUGUCCUUGAAGUUAUUAGAAGUUACAGUAUUUGAAGUUUAUAGCAAUUUGGAUUUUUGUAGAGGAUAGAUAUUGCCAGGAUAGAUGGAUAUCUACAGGCCAGUUUUAAUACAAAUGACUUAUACAAAAUACAUUUUAUUGGGCUUUAGAAAUUAAGCAGUUAGGCUGACAUCACACUAAGGUUUUUUCUUAGAGAAACAGCAGCGUUUUCCUCAUUGUUUUUAAUGGUGCAGGUGGAUUUGACACACUGAAUGUGCAUCACAGCCUAACAUAUUAUUUGUUUGACUGAUGAUUUCUGUUGUUGUUUUCCCAAGGACUCUAACCUCUCUGUCUGAUGUGCAGAAGAAAACAACCAACUCUGAGACGCUACAAGUCCUCUUAGGUGUCUCAGAGGACACCCUCGUCACCUGUGUGCAGGACAGCCUGCAAGGUUCUCUCUCCAAACUUGCAUGCAUGUCCAAUUCUCCAUCUGGAAGUGCAGGCUCUAUGAUGCUAACCCCUGCUGUAAUGGCAGAGUUGGCUAAAGAUGUCAAGUCGGCCUUAUCAGUGGUCGUUAAGAGUGCCUCCGCUAGCCAAACCUCUCUAGUGACACCGGUAAGGGAGACUCACAGACCAAGGUGACUGAGAGCAUUGUGAGAGAGCUGGCUGCUAAACUUGAAAAAGUUGACCAAGAGAGCAAGAGUCUAACAGGGCAAGUCAUGACCACCAUCUCUGACACAAUGGUGGCUUUUGUUGACGAGAACGAACAGAAUUUGCUGGAAGAUCUGAAGGACAAGAUCACAUUUUUGGCAUCACAUGUUGGCUUCAUUGAGGAUCUUGAUGCCCUGAUAAGGAAAUACGAGAGCAGCUACAAUAUUAGUGAAUCUGGUUCCUCCUGCACGCUCACAUCUAAGAGCAUCCAAAAACUCUCCAGCCGGGAGUUUCAAACAUCAGCAAUACAAGCAGUGAGUGGAGUUCUUGACAAAAAAGUCAGUAGUUUGAGCUUUCCUAGUUCAGUCGUUCAGUCUGAGUUAACAGGUGCUGUAUCAGGUCAAACAUUGUCUGGCAUUGUAAAGACAGAGUCAAUUCACCCAGUGGGCUCAGCAGCGUCAGUAGUUGUUAAGACUUUCGUGUCAGAUAUGAAGUCAUUGGCUGAAUCUGAAGAGAGUCCCCAACAGAAGAGUGCCUGGUCUGCUGCUGUUCACAUUUACCACAGCAUCCAAAACAACUUGAAAGAUUAUUUCGGCAAGCUUCAGCGAUGUGCCUUAAAGAGCAUUGUCACAUCUGAUGACAACAUCACAAAUGCUGAGUUUAAGGAGACAGUUCCACUUCCUUGCUUAGACAUGAAAUAUAGGCCCAGUAAGAGUGAGCCUCAGUUGCCAGAGUCCACUGGUGCAGUUACUUUACAAAGAGGCCUAAGUGAGAGCUCAAAACUUCUUUGGGCAAAAACUGAGUCAGAAGAAAGCAAGCUUCUUCUGACAACUUGCACCAAAGAAGUCAUCUCAGAGCUUCUGGUCUUGUACAACACUGAGAUGUCAAAGGAGGACCCCCUGUACACUGUUGGAGAAAAAGGAUUAGGCUUCUCUUUUGAGAGAGAGAAAUUUGUAGAGGGUGUUCUGGCUCAGCUUGGGGAUAUCUCCCAUUCCAGGUCCUCAUCGCCAACAGUAUGUGACUUCCCCUCUCAAAUUGAGGACAGCAGAAGUAAGGCCACAGCUUCUUUGACCAGUCUGUUAGAUUGUAUUAGAAAACUCUCAAGUGAGGAAUUUAAGAGAAAUGCCACUCAAGCAGUGAGUGAGUUCCUAGUUAAAAAGUCCACUAGUAGCUUAACUAGUGCACAGUCUGCUUAUUCUGUAGCAUCCAGGUCUUGUUCCAUUCAAAACCAGUACACAUGGUCAAAGGAUAUUUGUGCGGAUUCUGCUGCCUUUGGCAUCAUUGAAACAUUUGUGGAAGACCUGCAGAGCUCGGCGCAAUCUGCAGAAGUAGAGGAAAGAGAACCUGACCUCCAGGAAAAUGCACAAAAGCUACAGAGCAGGAUCUGGUCUGCUACCACUAGUUUAUAUAACAAUAUUAAGAAGACAUUAAAGGACUUCAUCAUUCACCAGCGGAGGUCAGACAUGCUGAGCAGAAUGUCUAGUCAUACACCCACAGAGGACUCUGGACAUCUUGGGACUAAGGAGCACAUUUGUUUGGCAAGCCAAGACUUGAGGCAACCUAGUAAGAGUGUGCCACACUUGCCCAGUUUGAACCUUGAAGUGGCUCUACACAGGGGUGUCAGCGAGAGUUCAAAACUUCUCUGGACUGAAACAGACGAGGGUCUACUGAACAAUAGUACCAAAGAGGUAAUUUCAACAAUCUUGACCUCAUGCGAGGAUCAGGCAUCAAAUGCACCUUGCUUCUCCACAGUCGGAAAGAAAAUAUCUGAUAUGUCCCUUGAGGUCAACAUGUUGGUAGGUGGUGUUCUGUCUCAGCUGAAGGACAUCUCCUUGUCAAGGUCCCCAACACCAUGUGAAGACAUGUUUGAACGUCUCCAGGGUUCUACUGAGCGAACCUCUCCAGUAAGUCUAGAUUGCAGCACAGCUGCCUCCAAAGGCAUUGCAUCUUCCCACAGUCUUUCAACAAAGAGCUUCCAAAAACUCUCUAGUCAUGAGUUCCAAACCAAAGCUGAGAAAGGAGUGAGUGAGGUCAUCUCUAGAUCAUAUAACAUUGUGGAGGAAGGCACAACAGAUAAGUACCUCCAGUCUGUAUCUACAUCCACCAUAUCUACUGAUAUUAUACAAACCAUGGUGAAAGACCAGCAGGAGCUCCCCCAGACCACCCAAUCAUCUGACAUGGUAUCUGGAACCUCCCUGCUCACCACUGGACAGGUUUCUGAGAAAAGGAUCCUGUCUGUUGCUCGUAACAUCUACUACAGACUGCAAAGUAAGAUUACGGAGUUUCUCAGAAAAGAUCUUCAAAGAUCAGACACAACACACAACACAAUCCAAAUCUUUACAUAUCAAAGCAGUCCUGCAUCACAAAGAGCAAGUCUCGGCCAUCUUGAGGUCAACCAGAGCAGUGUUACACCUGGUGGAAACGAUGCCUGUGUGGACAUUCCGCACAAAUUACUAUCUAAAACCACUGAGCUCUCAGGAUCCAUGUUGGAGGAUAUUGACACGAUCCGUUGUAGGAGUGCUGACAGCCAAAAUACAAGAAAUACCUCUUCUUCACGCUCCUCCAUCUCUGUAACACCUACUUCAAAAUUAAGGCAGUCGAAAUGGCACUUUGCCUUACCCGGGACUCCCAUCCCCACUGAGUUUCCUGCUCAGAUUGACUUUCCCAUUGUUAGAAACACAAUCAUUGAGGACUUCUGUCACACAGAGGACUUACUUCCUGUUACCUUUGUGGACAAAGUCAGGCAAGCUGCUGGGGUGGUAGUGGACAUUAUGGUGGAAAGUGUUGAGAACACACAGGAAGAUGGACAGGGUGCUUCUCAUCUUGACGACCUCCGAUCUGCUGUUAGGAAAUUGAGAAAAAUCAUUUCCACUUGGACCAUCCACAUUUUCAGUCAUGAAUUGGUGGAUAAAGUGAUAGCCCUUCAGGACAGCCACAGCACUCCACAGGUCUUAACAUUGGAAGCAGCCAAAAGUGCUUCAGACUCUAUUCUUUCAAGGCUGAAAUGGGGAAAGGAACAAUGUGCCAGAUCCAAGGAGCUCUCCUCUCAGCUUCUCCAGAUAUUUGCUGAAGAGACAGUGAAGGGCUUCCUGAGACAGUGGUCAGAUGAGUAUGAAAACAUAAACUUUGAUGUUUCAGUCCAGAACGAUCCAAAGACUUCUACUUGCAUGGUCAUUCUUCAAAUGAUCACCAAAGCCACUGCUAAAUGUUAUUUUGAGUCCGCUACCAGUGUGGCCACCAGUGACAUUGUAGAAGGCGUGUUUGAUCUGGAAAGGGAUACCAUCAGCAGUACUGGAGAGCAGGUCCUCACCUUUAACACAAAGGGUUCCAAGAAAGUUAGUAGAAACCUCUGUCCUCAAGAGUCUCUGGAGUACCAGCCUCAGAACAUUUCCCCUACUGUGUACUUUACAGAGACGAUGACAACAUCUCAUGGCUCCUUUUCUCCAGAGGGAAUUUAUGAUAUCGCAUCGUCCUUCCCACUUGAAGAGAAGAGUCGCAAACCCUCCCUUUUCACCAGAUUGUCUAGAUCCAUCACAAAAGGCUUUCUCAGCCCAUUCAAAUCUUCAAGGAAAACCAAAUUAUUUAAAUAAAUUCCUCAUUAUAAACAACGAGAGCAUUCAUUUGUUCAGAUGAGAAUCUAAUCGUAUUGGUCACAUACGCAGAAAACAACUGUGAGAUGCUUUAUUACGAGCACAUUCCCAACAGUGCAGAGUUAAAAAGUAAGAACAUAUUUUGUAACACAAUAACAAGGCUAUUUACAAGGAGUACCAGUACCAAGUCAAUGUGCAUGGGUGCGAGGUAGUUGAGGUAAUACAGUAUGUACAUGUAGGUAAGGGUAAAAGUGACUAGGCAAUCAGGAUAGAUAAUAAACACAGUAGCAGCAGCUAGUGUGAAAGUCGGUCAGUGUCACAGUGAAUGUGUGGGUAGAGUGUAGUGAGUGUGCAUCGAGCCAAUUCAAGAGAGUCAGUGGAAAACAAUUAGAAAAAUACAUCAAUAACAAAGGGGGUCAAUGCAAAUAGGGGGGGUAGAAGCUGUUCAGCAGUCUAAUGGCUUGGGGGUAGAAGCUGUUCAGCAGUCUAAUGACUUGGGGGUAGAAGCUGUUCAGCAGUCUAAUGACUUGGGGGUAGAAGCUGUUCAGCAGUGUAAUGACUUGGGGGUGGAAGCUGUUCAGCAGUCCAAUGACUUGGGGGUAGAAGCUGUUCAGCAGUCUAAUGACUUGGGGGUGGAAGCUGUUCAGCAGUCCAAUGACUUGGGGGUAGAAGCUGUUCAGCAGUCUAAUGACUUGGGGGUAGAAGCUGUUCAGCAGUCUAAUGACUUGGGGGUGGAAGCUGUUCAGCAGUCCAAUGACUUGGGGGUAGAAGCUGUUCAGCAGUCUAAUUACUUGGGGGUAGAAGGCUGUUCAGCAGUCUAAUGACUUGGGGGUAGAAGCUGUUCAGCAGUCUAAUGACUUGGGGGUAGAAGCUGUUCAGCAGUCUAAUGACUUGGGGGUAGACGCUGUUCAGCAGUCUAAUGACUUGGGGGUAGAAGCUGUUCAGCAGUCUAAUGGCUUGGGGGUAGAAGCUGUUCAGCAGUCUAAUGGCUUGGGGGUAGAAGCUGUUCAGCAGUCGUGUGGCUUGGGUGUAGAAGCUGUUCAGCAGUCUAAUGACCAGGAUCCUGGUGUCUAACCAAUGUGCUGAGCACUCCUCUUGGACAGAGUUCGCGCUAGCCUAGUGGUUAGAGCGUUGGACUAGUAACCGGAAGGUUGCGAGUUCAAAUCCCCGAGCUGACAAGGUACAAAUCUGUCGUUCUGCCCCUGAACAGGCAGUUAACCCACUGUUC